GCGCAGCUCAGGCCGCAGCCCAGACCAACUCCAACGCUGCAGGCAAACAGCUACGCAAAGAGUCCCAGAAAGACCGCAAGAACCCGUUGCCCCCCAAUGUCGGCGUGACUGACAAGAAGGAGGAGACGCAGCCGCCCGUGGCGCUUAAGAAAGAAGGAAUAAGACGCGUUGGAAGGCGGCCUGAUCAACAACUUCAGGGUGAUGGGAAAAUAAUUGAUAGGAGACCGGAAAGGCGACUGCCACGUGAAAGAAGAUUUGAAAAACCACUUGAAGAAAAGGGUGAAGGAGGUGAAUUUUCAGUUGACAGACCUAUAAUUGACCGACCUAUUCGAGGCCGUGGCGGUCUUGGAAGAGGUCGAGGAGGCCGUGGACGUGGAAUGGGCCGAGGAGAUGGAUUUGAUUCCCGUGGCAAGCGUGAAUUUGAUAGGCAUAGUGGAAGUGAUAGAUCUGGCCUGAAGCAUGAGGACAAACGUGGAGGUAGCGGAUCUCACAACUGGGGAACUGUCAAAGAUGAAUUAACAGAGUCCCCCAAAUACAUUCAGAAACCAAUAUCUUAUAAUUGCAGUGACUUGGAUCAAUCAACUGUGACUGAGGAAACACCUGAGGGUGAAGAACAUCCAGUGGCAGACACUGAAAAUAAGGAAAAUGAGGUUGAAGAGGUAAAGGAAGAGGGUCCAAAAGAGAUGACUUUGGAUGAGUGGAAGGCUAUUCAAAAUAAGGACCGGGCAAAAGUAGAAUUUAAUAUUCGGAAACCAAACGAAGGUGCUGAUGGACAGUGGAAGAAGGGAUUUGUUCUUCAUAAAUCAAAGAGUGAAGAGGCUCAUGCUGAAGAUUCAGUUAUGGACCAUCAUUUCCGGAAGCCAGCAAAUGAUAUAACAUCUCAGCUGGAGAUCAAUUUUGGAGACCUUGGCCGCCCAGGACGUGGUGGCAGGGGAGGACGAGGUGGGCGUGGGCGUGGUGGACGUCCAAACCGUGGCAGCAGGACCGACAAGUCAAGCGCUUCUGCUCCUGAUGUGGAUGACCCAGAGGCAUUCCCAGCUCUGGCUUAACUGGAUGCCAUAAGACAACCAACCCUGGUUCCAUUGUGGACCCUCUUGUUCAAAGCUUUUGCAUGCUUAAGGAUCCCAAACGACUAAGAAAUUUAAAAAAAAACAAAACAAACAAAAAAAGGGGACUGUCAUUCAUACCAUUCACACCUAAAGACUGAAUUUUAUCUGUUUUGAAAAUGAACUUCUCUCGCUACACAGAAGUAACAAAUAUGGUAGUCAGUUUUGUAUUUAGAAAUGUAUCGGUAGCAGGGAUGUUUUCAUAAUUUUCAGAGAUUAUGCAUUCUUCAUGAAUACUUUUGUAUUGCUGCUUGCAAAUAUGCAUUUCCAAACUUGAAAUAUAGGUGUGAACAGUGUGUACCAGUUUAAAGCUUUCACUUCAUUUGUGUUUUUUAAUUAAGAACUUAGUUGUUCCCCCGAUUACAAACUGGUUUUAAAUAUUGGACAUUACUAUCGGUUUUAAUACCUGCUUUGCAUUUUCACACAUGGUCAACUGGGACAUGUAAACUUUUGAUUUGUCGACUUUUAUGCUGUGUGGAAUACUAACUACUUUAUGUAUUUUAACUUAGUUUUAAUAUUUUCAUUUUUGGGGAAAAAUCUUUUUUCACUUCUCAUGAUAGCUGUUAUAUAUGCUAAAUCUUUAUAUACAGAAAUAUCAGUACUUGAACAAAUUCGAAGCACAUUGGUUUAUUAAUCCUUUCUCCUGCAUGGUUCAUUUGGUUCAAAAUGUACCUGAUUCACAGUUUCAACUACAUUUACUUUUUAAAUGUAUGACCUUCCUAUUUUAAAAGCCAAACUAGACACCUUAUUGGUGAAAGUUGUUUAAACUACUUAUUUGUUGAUAAACACAUCCUAUCAAGCGAAGUAGUUUAUGGAUGUGGAUUGUUCUCUCCCACCAGCAUGGUGGGUAGAUAGCGUAAGGUGAUUUGGCUCAUGCCUAAUACUGUUCUCCAAAAUAGUGGCCACUAGGUGUGAUGUGCGUGGGAAAGACCCCGAAAUCAAAAUGGUACAUUCGAACAACCCUUUUAACCCUUGUUCUGAGGAAACCAAAGGGCACUUGGUCAGUAGGGUGAGAUGGGGGAGUAUUUUUAUUUUGGGAAUUUGGGAAGCCAACAGCUAUACUUUAUAAGAUUGAAACAUCUGCACCAUCCGUGAAAUAUAAACCAAAAAUCUUAUUGUUUCUGAAUUUCCUAUAUUGCUAUUAUUUGGUCUUAAGUUGAUAGGUGAAUGUUUGUUCCACAGGAGGUGAUAAGAAUCUUUUUCCCUUUCCUCCAUUAGAACAUUAGGCUAAUAGUGAAUUCUUUAAAUGGGAGCAUCACCACUUACUGAAACAUACAUGGAGAGAAUGAUAAAUCAACAGGUUUUCUAGGAUUUUUUUUGCCACAUUGUUGAUAAAUUUUAUUUGAAGUUUUAAAGAUAUUUUGUCACUUAAUUUUUAGUGAUUUUCUGCCUAUGUAUGGUAAUGCCCAGUUUUAAAAAAUUGGCCAUCUUAACUUUUAAAUAUGUCUGCUACUUAGCUGACUGGUUCUCACAUAUACUCCUUAAAGAGGAAUUGUACAGUACAAGAGUUAUUCGUUUGGAUUAGAUUUAUUAAUCUAGUUAUCUGCUAGUCUGAAGGAAGGAAAGUUAAUUGUUUUCUAAUGAUGGAUAAACUUGUCCUGGUGUUUUGGAUCUUAUGAUGCUGAGCAUGUUCUGCACUGGUGCUAAUGUCGAAUAUAAUUUUAUAUUUACAAACAUACCUGCUACCCAGAGGCAAGUAUUAAUUUAGUCCAUUAGGACUAUUGACCCCUCUUGAGAUUGCAACAUACACACUCCGAAAUCAGUGUGUUUAGACUUUGAAGUAUCUAACUCAUUUUUGAACAUGUAACA